AUGGCGUCCAAGGAUUCGAAGGCGAGGAAGCCCGCGUCUCAUCCUCCAUAUGCCGAGAUGAUCAAAGAGGCGAUUGCGACGCUGAAGGAGAGGAGCGGAUCGAGCACUUAUGCAAUUGGUAAGUAUAUCGAGGAUAAGCACAAGGGGCAUCUGCCGUCUAAUUUCCGCAAGUUCAUCACCUCCCAGCUCAAGAAGCUCGCCGCCGAGGGCAAGCUUACCAAGGUUAAGCGCUCCUACAAGCUCUCCACUCCGGAGAAGCCCAAGGCGAAGCCUGCGGUUAUCGCCACCAAAUCAAAGCCGAAGACCUCGGCGAUUGCCCCCAAACCAAAGGCGAAGACCAAGCCUGCUGGUGUGGGCGUCAAAACGAAGUCCAAGGCAGCUGCGAAGCAAAAGCCCAAGACGACGCCGAAGGGGACGGGGAAGGCUGCGAAGAAGGAUGCCCCGGGGAAGAAGGUGGAAGAAAAGCGGAAGCCAAAGACGGUUGCUGCUUCUGCGAAGGUUGCCAGGACCACCAGAAAGGAUAUCCUGCGUAAGAUUGUUGCAGCUCCGCAGAACCCCAUGACGGCUAAGAAGUCGAAGGCCGUAAAGGCGGCUCCGAAUAAGGCGAAGUAGAUAGUUACGUUUGGCCAUAGGUCUUUGUUUUUUGUGUGCAAUUACUGCAUCUUUUAGUCGAUGCGUGUUUGCACUGGACGG